GAUAGGCACUAGACUAUCGAUAGCUAGCCGAUCGAUCGAAGAGUGCGUAUUUGCGCACACGUCGCGGUGCGUAGCUGUCAUCGCCGUCGUUUUACCAAAGGAGCCGCAGGAGCUGUUAAGAUGUUCGGCUGUUGCUGGUGUUUCGCUGCCUUGCGUCCGAGAUACAAGAGGCUCGUCGACAAUAUUUUUCCUGUUAAUCCCCAGGACGGCUUGGUCAAGAACAAUAUGGAGAAACUGACAUUCUAUUCGUUGAGCAGUCCUGAGAAAUUGGACAGGAUCGGGGAAUACUUGUUCCAGCGAGCCUCCAGGGAUAUUUACAGGAGACGAAACGGCUUUGUCGUGAUCGCCAUGGAGGCCAUGGACCAGCUUCUCGUGGCUUGUCACGCGCAAACUCUGAAUCUGUUUGUCGAGAGCUUCUUGAAGAUGGUACAGAAAUUGCUGGAGUCCACGGAUCCUCAGUUACAAAUUCUUGCGACGCAGUCCUUCGUCAGAUUUGCCAAUAUCGAGGAAGACACGCCCUCGUAUCACACCCGUUACGACUUCUUCGUGUCGAAAUAUUCGGCGAUGUGCCACUCCAAUAACGACGAUCCCACUACACGCAAGCAAAUUAGGCUUGCCGGGAUUCAAGGACUGCAGGGCGUUGUGAGAAAAACUCUUUCCGACGACUUGGUCGAGAAUAUCUGGGAGCCUGUACAUAUGGACAAGAUUGUACCAUCGCUGCUGUACAACAUGCAAAAUGCAAGAUAUGCUAACAAGGAAGACGCAACACCAGACAGCCCAACUGAAGAACGAUCAGAUCCACCGCAAUUCGCGGAAACUUGCAUGCGAGAAUUAAUCGGGCGCGCAUCGUUUGGUCAUAUUAGAUGCGUUAUAAGACCUGUAUUGAGGCAUCUGGACAACCACCAGUUAUGGGUCCCGAACUACUUUGCAAUUCAUACUUUCAGAAUAAUUAUGUUUUCUAUUCAGUCGCAAUAUUCCUACACAGUAGUGGAAGCUUUAAUGACGCAUCUUGACGAUCACUCAAAGUCGUCUCCUAAGAUUCGAACUAGCAUUGCGGAUACUUUAUCCAAGAUUAUAUCAAUCGCUGCAGGUGAAAGCGUUGGUCCAUCUGUAUUAGAGAUUAUAAAUUCCUUAUUGUCUCACCUACGGGUUAGUGUAACGAGGAACCAAUCGUCAAGUAGCGACGAGCAACUGUAUCAAGAAGCUCUUAUUAAUGCCCUUGGAGAAUUCGCGAACCAUCUUCCGGAUUACCAGAAAAUUGAAAUUAUGAUGUUUAUUAUGAGUAAAGUUCCGUACAGUCAGCCAGAUCGUAUCGUGUCGGUCGGCAAAGGAGACGUAUUGCUCCAGAGCAUACUUUUAAAGUCGCUACUGAAGGUUGGCACCAAAUACCAAACUAUCCACUUGAACACAACAUUCCCGCCUAGUUUCUUGGACCCGUUACUGAGAAUGUCACUGGCUGCAGACGCCGAGAUGAGGCUCCUUGUACAGAAAAUAUUCCACACCUUAAUCGACAGACGACGAAAUAUUACAAAACUCGCUAAACCAACUGUGAACGUAGCAGAGCUUGAUCUUGCUAUUGAAAAAGCAUCUAGACCUGACGUAAUCUUUAUUCGAAAGCACGGUCCCGAAAUCUACUUGGCGCUGUAUGAAUCAUUAGAGCUAAUUAGUAACACGGUAGAAAAUGUGGAAUCUAUUUAUACUACUUUGGCGUUAUUGGCCAUUGAAUUGGCUUCUGAGGAAACGGUGUUGGAGUUACUAAGAUUGGUGCUGAGCCUGCAAGACUUGGCACUGACAAGUGCUCAAAUUAAUCUUCCACUUAAAUUCAACUUACACGCAAUAGUGAUCAGCCUACUAGUCUUAAUAUCGUAUGUCUGUAAUAUUACCGCUCUUAUGGAAUACGCGAAGAAGGUGAUAGAAGCGCGUCGGAACGAUAGUCCGCAUUUACUACCGGAUUUACAAUCUCAGUAUGACAUUGGUCUAACGUCGAGAUUAGCGCCAACUCUUUUGGUCGAUCAAACUGUUGUUAGCGAAUGCCUAAAGGGAGCUGGCCUUGAUAGUGGGAAAUUACAACAAGGUUCGGGUUACAGCGGCAACUCUUUACAACACAGGCACUCGUGGGUUGAUGCUGGACGGAAUUCACUAGCUGACAUUAACUCUGGAGGACCCGAAUUGGAUAGCGGAGGUUCAUCGCCUGGUGUGCAAAAGAAAUUACCUGGAGAAGAAUUAACGUUUGAGAGUAUGAAAAGAAUUUUGACAGAGAAUAAUAAUAAUGAAGUAGUAGAAGAAGAGAAGCGAAUGCAACUUUCUCAGCUCUUUAGAAAUGCGCCGUUCCAGGAUUUAGUGUCAAAAACACAACCGAAGCACGAUGUUCUACAGAGCAAAUUGUCAGAGAUAUUCAAUACAUUGUCCGUUGAUCCGCGCAACGCAGUUCCUGCGACAGGACCACAGGCGGAUACUAAACCAAGUCAAACACCAGCUUAUGAAAUUCAUUUCCCAGAGCUGUUUGUAUAUUAAACUGCUAGUAUUCUUGUUGCAUUAACAUUAACGUAGUGUUAUAUUAUAUUAAAUCCUCUACAUGUUACAAAGUAUAAACAGUAGCUCCUAUACGUUAAAGAUUGACUUAUGUACAUAAUAGAGAAAAUAUUUUUAUGUUUCAUAUUGUUAGAUAUAUAUUUUAUAUUGAGGUUGAUAAGUUAUUCGUACUUAUUUACUUUUAAUGAGUUGAUGUCAAACGUGAUGUGAACUAUAAUGAAAAUGGUUAAUUAGUAUUUUUCAUAAAAUCGCCAAUGGUUUUAUCAGGUGAUGUAUAAAUGGACAUGAAUCUCUUAUAUACACAUAAUUCUAUAAAAUCGUCGAAGAUUUUAGAAAAUUACCGAAUUAACUGUUUUCAUCGACGUAGGCUGACUCCGAUUAAUAUGUCGAUACUGGAUGAAGAGCACAAAACGAGAAACAAUUUCACACAAGUAUUGUCAUAAUGAGGAGUCAUCCUACAUAGAUCAGAUUUCAGCAAGAAUUAAGACUAGAUAAUCUGGAUGUAUACGUUCGGCAGUAGUUAAAUGUGCACUGUUAUUUAAUCCUACCUCUUGUUAAUGUAAAGUUGAAAAUUGUAUAUCUGUUUAGGCGAUUUUUGGCCAUUGUUUGGUACAUGUACUAAGGUUACUGUUGAUAGGAGGGGGCGGAGCCACAGAUAUAGAUAUCUGUGGGCGAAGCUUAUCCUAAUAUAUACAUCGCAACUAUAUUUCACUGAAACAUACUAGUUCUUUUCUAUACGCGCGAAUUCAAAACUAUUCUUGUGCUUAUAGUAUACAAAUAUGCACACGCUGUGAUUGAAAUACUGAUCUAACAAUAAGAUAAAUUUAACACGAAAUAAAUGUGUAAGAUAUGUUGUGUUUACAUAUCUUUAUUUCUUUAUAUUGGCAUUUGAUUUGCAUUCUACUAGAAACUCGCAGCAAGUAGCAGUUCUGUCUCAUUGCCAAGUACAGCCUGGUGUCAACCGGCUAAAUACCAAAACGGUUAGACACGUCUCUAACCACAAGUUAUCAGGCGCACAAAGGUGCUCCAAUACGGUUGGAUAAACUUUCAGUUGUUGUAGUCACGCCAAAAAUCGCCCUUCAUGUAUAUUCUAGAUCGGAAAAAAGAACUUUCUCUCACGGCAGAGUCUCGGUGAUUGAAAAAGAUUGCACAAUAUAUAUAUUUAUAAAUAUAGAAAACAAAUGGUUCGAGAUAUUUUGUAAACACAUAUUAAAACGCAUGUUGUCAACCUGGAAAAA